CGGAUCCCGCGGCAAAGUGUGAUUGUUGGCUGCUAUGCGAAUCGAGUCCUCGCCCGGCUGGAAUUCGGGUUGAAAAUCUGAAAUUAUGGCUCCCCACAAACAUUCUCGGGCGAGUCCAAGGAAACCUAAACUGGAGCAACUAAAGGCAGAUCAUGAACUUUUCUUACAAGCUUUUGAAAAACCAACUCAAAUCUACCGUUUUCUUGCUGCAAGGCACAAGAUAUCACCUGUAUUUCUGAGACGUACAUUGACAUACAUGCUGAAAAAGAAGCCAGCAAAGAAGAAUUUCUCAGUGGAUAACCUCUUGGAGAUGAAGGAAAAUAAGAUUAAAGAAGGAAAACAAAUACCAAGCCAUAGUGGAAAAUAUCUAAAAUUAACAUUCAACCAUUUAAAUUGGAAUGGAGAAACUUCUCAUAUGGAGAAUAGCAAAGCCACUGUUGACCUUAUUCUACUCAAAGUGUGCCACAAAAGAAGAAAGGACAUUUGUCUACCUGUCAUGAGGGUAUCUCUUGGGCAAUGCGAGAUUCCUAUAAAUCCCACUGCUGCCACCAUUAAUUCAUCUUCACAAUCUAAAGAGAUGACAAUACCAAGUGGUUCGUUCACCCAUUCCAAUGGUCACACCGUACGCUCCUACAGACUCCUGAUACAGGUCUCCUGUCCCUCAGUACCAAGUCUGCCAAACGGUAGUCUUUGUAAUGGAGAUGUGGACUCAGAUUCAGAUGGCCAGCAAGCCAAGCGGAGGAAAGUGAUGACAAGAUUAAAAGACAAGGAUAUGUCACCAUCUCAGCCAUCCCAGUUCUAUGAAGAUGAACACAUAGCUUCCUUUACCUCUGAGUUAGUGGUUGUUGAUAAACAGAACCGCUGUCAGCUCCUAGAUGGCAGCUAUGAGCUCACACUACAGGAAGUCCAAACAAAGAGCAAAUAUCAGAGUGCAUCAUGGGAAACGAUAUCAGAUGGAAAGCCAGUAGGUCCAUUUGAAGUACCAGACCUGAGUCCAAGGCUCAACUUCAAUCUUUCAUGGCAUACUACGACGACGACAACAACAACAGGGGAUUCCCCAGAGAAGCCUGGUAGGUCACCUGAGAGGUCAUCUCGAUCAGCUGCAAACCUUACCUCAUCACCUGACCAUUCACAUUCCAUUCAUACUACAACCAAUGCACCCGAUACAGCCAAGCAUAGUGCCUUGAUCAACGGACAAGAAACAGUACUAGAUAAAAAACUAGCCAGACGAAUCCACCCGUCGUCAUCAAACACAGGUUCGCCGUCUAGAUCUGCUUCCAAAUCUUCAGAUCCAGAUAAUGUUGAACACGUCUUCUAUCAAUUCCUUUAUAAUAACAACACAAGACAACAGACAGAAGCAAGGGACAACCUACGCUGUCCUUGGUGCUCCCUCAACUGUCAACGUCUCUACUCUCUGCUAAAACACCUUUCGACUUGUCACAGCAGAUUUAAUUUCACCUAUGUGCCUCAUCACAAGAAUGCGAGGAUAGAUGUUGCAAUCAAUGAACAUUAUGAUGGUUCCUACUCUGGUAAUCCUCAUAAUCUUAUUACGUCUCAUAUGGGAUACGCUUUCCAGAGGAACGGACCUUGUAGAAGAACACCUGUUACUCAGAUUCUCGUCAUGAAGCCUCUCAGACAGAAAGAGACUCUACAAGAAUUUCAAGAAGGUGAAAAGUCAGACUACCUCAUGCAAAGACCAUACAUCUCAGGACAUAAUAGAACAUAUUUCCACACUCAUUCGCUGCAACCAAUCCGACCUCAGGAGAUGGAUGAAGAUAGUGAAGAUGAGAUCGAUCCUGAUUGGAUCAAAGAGAGAACAAGAAUGAUGAUUGAUGAAUUCUCUGACGUGAAUGAAGGAGAAAAGGAACUAAUGAAAUUAUGGAACAACCACUGUAUGAAGCACAAUUUCAUUGCCGACUCCCAGAUCCCGAGGGCGUGCUCCUUGUUCAUCGAUGCCCACGGUGAGGACGUCCUGAGACAGAACCUGACCAGCAACUUCCUGCUUCAUCUGAUCAACCUCUACGACUUCAGCCUCCUGCACCCACAUCUCGUCUCUCGAUUCAUGAAUCAGCUUCUAAAGUGUGGUCAGCGGCGUGAUGUCACAAGGCUCCAGGUCAAUCCUGAGGAAGAGAACAGUAACCAUGGUAACCAGAUGAGAGAAGACGCCGAUAUAGGACCGCCCAUCCUCUACCCUCAGGAGGAGCUUGCCGUCAAGAGGGAUGACGUUGCCAUGGCGAUGAACACAGAAGGGGAGAUGAGCACAGGUGGGACUAUGGAAGAGAAUCCUCUGCUGGGCAGGAGGAGCCUUGAUGAUAAACCUCAGCUGGAAAAGGCAACACCGAACAUAUCGUGCGAUGACUCUAGUCCCAAACUUGAUAAAAGGAUUGAAGACACUGUAUGAAGAUAGGCCUUCUGAGUGGAAUGUACAGUUAUUCAUGUUUCAUAUUUGCAGAUUCAAUCAAACACCUUGACCUUCCUAGGUUGUAUCAGCCAGCCAUUUUAUCCAUUCAUACACAACACUACACAACGUGGUGCUACGUACUUCACAAGCUACAUCAUACAUACAAACUUCUU